GCGUCGCCAGCCCCUGGCCGCCCUCCCCCAGCCCGGGAAGAAUGUGCCAACAGCUGUUCUCUGCCCGCGAGCACUUCGGCCAGAAGUGAGGAACUUGGAGGAAGAAGAGACAAAGGCUGCGGUUGGGACGGAGGAGGUCCGAGAGGCGGACAAAAGGUGCGGAGGAGCAGCGGCGACCGGGCGAUGGCAGCGCGGCGGCUCCGCGGGCUGGAGUCGCCCCGAGGCGCGCCGUGACACGCGUGGCUUCCCUGGACCUGCCGCCGCGCCACGCCGCGCUGCGCUGACUUCCGCGCGACUGCAGCCGCGCCGCCUGAGAAGAAGGUGCGGGCGCCGAAACAAUGGACAGCUUCUUCCCUGAGGGAACACGGGUCUGGCUGAGAGAAAAUGGCCAGCACUUUCCGAGUACUGUAAAUUCCUGUGCAGAAGGCGUCGUGGUCUUCCAGACCGACUAUGGGCAGGUGUUCACCUACAAGCAGAGCACAAUCACCCACCAAAAGGUGACGGCGAUGCACCCCAUGAAUGAGGAGGGCGUGGACGACAUGGCCUCCCUGAACGAGCUCCAUGGAGGCUCCAUCAUGUACAACUUAUACCAGCGGUACAAGAGGAAUCAAAUAUACACCUACAUCGGCUCCAUCAUCGCCUCAGUGAACCCGUAUCAGUCCAUCGCCGGCCUGUACGAGCGCGCCACCAUGGAGCAGUACAGCAGGUGCCAUCUCGGCGAGCUCCCGCCGCACAUCUUCGCCAUCGCCAAUGAGUGCUAUCGCUGCUUGUGGAAGCGCCAUGACAACCAAUGCGUGCUCAUCAGCGGUGAAAGUGGGGCUGGGAAAACGGAAAGCACCAAGUUGAUCCUCAAGUUUCUCUCCGUCAUCAGCCAGCAUUCCUUGGACUUGUCCCUACAGGAGAAGACAUCCUGCGUUGAGCAAGCCAUCCUCCAAAGCAGCCCCAUCAUGGAAGCAUUUGGCAACGCGAAGACAGUGUACAACAACAACUCCAGCCGCUUUGGGAAGUUCAUUCAACUGAGCAUCUGCCAGAAGGGAAAUAUCCAGGGCGGAAGAAUUGUAGAUUAUUUAUUAGAAAAAAACCGAGUAGUGAGGCAGAAUCCCGGGGAGAGGAAUUAUCACAUAUUCUAUGCACUGCUGGCAGGGCUGGGACAGGGAGAGCGAGAAGAAUUUUAUUUAUCUUUGCCGGAGAACUACCAUUACUUGAAUCAGUCUGGAUGUACAGAGGACAAGACAAUCAGUGACCAAGAAUCCUUCACACAAGUUAUUACGGCAAUGGAAGUCAUGCAGUUCAGCAAGGAGGAAGUCCGGGAGGUUUUGAGGUUGCUGGCUGGGAUACUGCACCUCGGCAACAUAGAAUUCAUCACUGCUGGAGGGGCGCAGGUUUCCUUCAAAACAGCUUUGGGUAGGUCUGCGGAGUUACUUGGGCUGGACCCAACACAGCUCACAGAUGCUCUGACCCAGAGAUCGAUGUUCCUCAGGGGAGAAGAGAUCCUCACGCCUCUCAGCGUUCAGCAGGCAAUAGAUAGCAGAGACUCCUUGGCCAUGGCACUUUAUGCACGCUGCUUUGAGUGGAUAAUCAAGAAGAUCAACAGCCGGAUCAAGGGCAAAGAGGACUUCAAAUCCAUCGGCAUCCUUGACAUCUUUGGAUUUGAAAACUUCGAGGUUAACCACUUUGAACAGUUCAAUAUCAACUAUGCAAAUGAGAAGCUUCAGGAAUACUUCAACAAGCAUAUUUUUUCUUUAGAGCAACUAGAAUAUAGCAGAGAAGGGCUCCUGUGGGAAGACAUUGACUGGAUAGACAAUGGAGAGUGCCUCGACUUGAUCGAGAAGAAACUCGGCCUGCUUGCCUUAAUCAAUGAAGAGAGCCAUUUUCCGCAAGCCACAGACAGUACCUUGUUGGAGAAGUUACACAAUCAACACGCUGUGCAGUAUGAUGUCCGAGGCAUCCUAGAAAAGAACAGGGACACCUUUAGAGACGAUCUUCUCAACCUGCUGAGGGAAAGCAGGUUUGACUUCAUCUAUGACCUUUUUGAACACGUCUCGAGCCGCAACAACCAGGACACCCUGAAAUGCGGAAGCAAACACCGGCGGCCCACCGUCAGCUCACAGUUCAAGUGUGCAGUGCAGGCUUUCCACAGGGAAGAUGUGGCAAUGCCAGGCCCCAUCGAUGAAUCCUUAUUCUGUGCCAGCCGCUGA